GAUUGCAGUUAAUGAACAAAACAAAAAAUAAAUAAAAAUUUAGAACAUUUUCAAAUAAAUUGCUAUAGCUUACAUUUUAUCAUUUAUUUUGUUUGCUUGUCAUCUCAACUGUCUUAAUAAAUACUGAAUAAUUAUUAAACCAGUUCGAAUGGCUGCAUUUGAAGAAAUGGGUGUUUUACCUGAAAUUGGCAAAGCUAUUGAAGAAAUGGACUGGUUACUACCAACUGAUGUUCAAGCUGAAGCAAUACCCUUAAUACUGGGUGGCGGUGAUGUGUUAAUGGCUGCAGAAACUGGUAGUGGAAAAACAGGAGCAUUUUGUUUGCCAGUCAUUCAAAUUGUUUGGGAGACUCUUAAGCAAUCUGGUAAACAGAGCGGAGUUUCAAUCAAAACCUCUAGUGAAUCUGAUCCAUGGGCUUUAAGUAUGUGGGAUCGUUCAUCAGCUACAGCAAUAACACCUGAUGGUAAAAAAUGUCAAUCAAGAGAUAUAAAAACUUGGCAUGGUUGUAGAGCUACCAAAGGUGUAAAAAAUUCAGGGAAAUAUUAUUUUGAAGCUACUGUCACAGAUGAAGGGUUGUGUCGAGUUGGUUGGUCAACACCUGGAGCUGUAUUAGAUUUGGGUACUGAUAAAUUUGGUUUUGGUUUUGGUGGUACUGGAAAAAAAUCAAAUAAUAAACAAUUUGAUAGUUAUGGGGAAUGUUUUGGAUUACAUGAUACAAUAGGUUGCUGGUUAGAUUUAGACAAUUUGACUAUUGGAUUCAGUAAAAAUGGUAAUUAUCUUGGUGAUGCAUUUAAAAUACCUGGGAAUUUAAAAACUUCUGCAUUUUAUCCAGCUGUGGUCUUGAAAAAUGCCGAAAUGGUAUUUAAUUUUGGAGAUUCUGCAUUCAAAUUUGAGAUUCCUAAGGAUUUUUCUGCUGUAAGUAAGGCAUCCAUUAAUCAGAUUGAACUUUCUCAAUGUAAUGCUCCAAAAACAGAUUCAAACAUAAAAAAAGCUAAUAAUGCUCCAUAUGCAAUAAUUAUUGAACCUUCCAGAGAACUAGCCGAACAAACUUUUAAUCAGAUUAAAAAAUUUAAAAAGUACAUAAAAGAACCACAUAUCAAAGAUUUAUUAGUAGUUGGUGGUUUUAGUAUUAAAGAUCAAAUUCUUGCUUUAUCAUCAGGUGUUGAUAUAAUAGUUGCUACACCAGGCCGCUUAGAAGAUCUUAUAUCUGGUGGCCAUUUAUCUUUGUCUCAGUGUAGAUUCUAUAUAUUGGAUGAAGCAGAUGGAUUAUUAAAACAGCGUUAUACAAAAUUAAUUGAUAGUCUACACGAAAAGAUGCCAAAAAUUUCAAAUGAUGGUAAAAGACUUCAAAUGAUUGUUUGCUCUGCCACGCUCCAUGAUUUUGAAGUAAAAAAAUUAGCAUCACGUCUCAUGCAUUUUCCAACUUGGGUAGAUCUUAAAGGUGAAGAUUCUGUCCCAGAGACUGUACAUCAUGUAGUAGUGACUGUAGAUUCCCAAAAAGAUACAUCAUGGACAUCUUUGAAAACUCCCAUUCCUACAGAUGGUGUACAUGAUAAAGAUAAUGUAAGAGCACUAAAUACAUCUGAAGCUUUAUCUCAAGGAAUAAAGCUUUUAAAAGGUGAAUAUUGUGUUAGAGCUAUUAACAAAUACAAAAUGGAUAAAGCUAUCAUAUUUUGCCGUACUAAACUUGACUGUGAUAAUUUAGAAAAAUAUUUUAAGCAACUUGGAUCCUAUUAUACUUGCUGUACUCUUCAUGGAUCAAGAAAUGUUAAUGAUCGUAGAAUGAAUUUAGAAAAGUUUAAAAAUGGUGAAAUUAAAUUUUUAAUUUGUACUGAUGUUGCAGCUCGUGGUAUUGAUGUAAAUGGAUUACCCUUUAUGAUUAAUAUGACAUUACCUGAUGAUAAAACAAACUAUGUACAUAGAAUUGGCCGUGUUGGCCGUGCAGAACGAAUGGGCUUGGCUAUUUCAUUUGUGGCGUCUAUACCAGAAAAAGUAUGGUAUCAUGGUGAAUGGUGUCCAUCUCGAGGGCAAAGAUGUUCAAAUACUGCAUUAACUACUAAUAAAGGUUGUUGCAUUUGGUAUAAUGAACCCCAAUACUUGGGUGAAAUUGAAGAUCACUUGAACAUAACAAUACAACAAGUUGGACCAGAAAUAAAUAUUCCUAUGAAUGAAUUUGAUGGAAAAGUUGUAUAUGGCAAAAAAAAAGCAAAUAAUGGACCAACAUAUAAUAAUCAUUAUGAUCAACUAUUAUCUACAAUUAAUGAACUUACAAAAUUAGAGACUAAGGCUCAGUAUAUAUAUUUGCACAUGAUUAAUAAUUAGCUGUAUCAUUUUGUACAAAAUACUAGUACUUUUUAAAAAUAAAAAUAAACAUGGUUUUCAUAUUUAACA